AUGGCUGGGCUUGGGGUGGUUUGUAGGGAUGCCGAGGGUAGAAUUGUGGCUGCAGCGAAGAGAAAGGCUGCAAUCGCAGCUCCGGAAGUGGUAGAAGCCAUGGCAGUGCGCUAUGCUAUAAUGCUGGCUCAUAGACUGGGGUAUUCCCGAAUUAUGGUGGAAUCGGAUGCUAUCAAUGUGAUAAAGGCAGUGAAUUCGAAGGAGCAUGGUCGUUCACCCAUAUAUUCAGUUUAUGAUGAUAUUUGUAUUGAUAGAGCUAAGUUUGAGUUUUGUACUUUUUCACAUAUUAAACGUUCAUGUAAUACCAUGGCUCAUCUCAUAGCUCGAUGGGAAACGGGUGAGAAUGUGGAACUUGUACGUUUAUCCUCCUUUCCCCAAGGCAUCUUGUCUCUGGCGGAAAUGGAUUUGCUUUAA